UCUGGCCCGGACUACGAGGCGCUGCCGGCUGGAGCCACUGUCACCACGCACAUGGUGGCAGGCGCCGUGGCAGGGAUCCUUGAGCAUUGCGUGAUGUACCCCAUCGACUGCGUCAAGGUGAGACCUGGACCGGGCUCCAAACCCUACCUGGGAUUGACCUGACCCUGAGUCCUGUCUAGAGCCAGGAUCCCGGCUGAGAGCCGGAGCCGACAGGUUCCUUCCUGGCUUAUACUACACACGAUUGGAACCGAUACUCCAUGCAAGCAGAGUCCUGGCUGUGAGAUGAGCCCGGCCAGGAACCAAGACCUAUUUCUAACCGUCAAUGAGAUCUGAACCCGAACUCGUGAUCAAAUCCCUGGAUCCCACCUGGGACUAAGGAAGCAGGAGUAGGGUGGGAUGGGGGAUCCCGAAGCAAGGUAAGUGCUACCAACUCGAUUGAGGCGACGCCAACUGUUGUGAAUCAGACCGUGAAGUGGAUCUUACGGCUUGAGAUGUUUUUUGGGUAGGUGCUUUUACGAGCUUCUUGCUGUGUCUUCCCUUAAAAGUGACCGGGCAGGAAGGAACUGGAUCUGGAUCUCUGAGCUAGAUAAAGGACAUAUUAAAUCUUAACCCAUGAAUGAUUGGAAAUCAUUGGACGGUCAGAAGUCAGAGUUCCAGGCUGCAAGUAUUACGGGAAACAACGCGUUCAGGAAAAGGUUUCGGUUUCUCUGUGAAGCAAGCUUGAUAUCCCACCUAUUUCCUGAACGUGAAAAUUGAGCUGGGAUUAAGACUGUGUGUGUUCAGGGAGCUCAUCAGCCCACACACAAGAGAGAUGAAACCAAUAGUGUAUUUCUUUGGCACCUGAAGUUGAUAAAAAGGGAAAAAAAGUUGUCUGGAAGGAAAGUGUGACAGUAUUAGAAAGUAGAUGUAAUUGGGAAGAAAAUGGAACGAGCUCAACACGGCAACAAGAUUAGUGUGAAAAUAAAAAUUAAUUGCAUCCACAACCAAGCAAGAUUGGUGGAUACAGAAGUCAGGUCCUUUUGAAGAAAGCUGGGUGAAGAUGGGAACGGUUAUUGUUUUUUACAAUUCUUGUACAUUAGUAACGGCGCCAACACUAAAAGUGAGAUUUAAUUUGAGAGGGAAGUAAACUCGAGGGGAUUGUUGAAAUGACUGUGGUACAGACUGGCGCUUCCUUUACGAAUUAAAGGCAAUGGUUAAUGAUGCCCAGGCAGUUCUUUGAUGUAUGUUUUCUCUUCAAAUUAGGAAAAUGCUAAUAUUUUAUUCAAAAGAAGGAGAGUACCAACUUUGGCAAUGCAAAGUAGGGCUCUUCUGCUUCAGCCUGGUUCCAGUACUGUUUGAUGUUUGUCUUAGCAAUAUGAAUUAGAAAGUGGGGAAAGUGUUCAUGAAGCCUUGUGAAUGACACAGCUGACAGGAGCACUUUGGCACACUGCAAGACCCGGAUGCAGAGUUUGCAGCCUGACCCAGCAGCCCGUUACCGAAACGUGUUGGAGGCCCUCUGGAGGAUUAUAAGAACAGAGGGCCUGUGGAGGCCCAUGCGGGGGCUGAACGUCACAGCAACAGGCGCAGGGCCUGCCCAUGCCCUCUAUUUUGCCUGCUACGAAAAGUUAAAAAAGACAUUGAGUGAUGUAAUCCACCCAGGGGGCAAUAGCCAUAUUGCCAAUGGUGCGGCUGGGUGUGUGGCAACAUUACUCCAUGAUGCAGCUAUGAAUCCAGCAGAAGUGGUCAAGCAGAGGAUGCAGAUGUACAACUCACCAUAUCACCGGGUGACAGACUGUGUACGGGCAGUGUGGCAAAAUGAAGGGGCCGGGGCCUUUUACCGCAGCUACACAACACAGCUAACCAUGAAUGUUCCCUUCCAAGCCAUUCACUUCAUGACCUAUGAGUUCCUGCAGGAGCACUUUAACCCUCAGAGACGGUACAACCCCAGCUCCCACGUCCUCUCCGGAGCCUGUGCAGGAGCUGUAGCUGCCGCUGCCACAACCCCACUGGACGUUUGCAAAACACUGCUCAACACCCAGGAAUCCCUGGCUUUGAACUCAAACAUUACAGGACACAUCACAGGCAUGGCUAGUGCCUUCAGGACGGUAUAUCAAGUAGGCGGGGUGACCGCCUACUUCCGAGGGGUGCAGGCUAGAGUAAUUUACCAAAUCCCCUCCACAGCCAUAGCAUGGUCUGUGUAUGAGUUCUUCAAAUACCUAAUUACUAAACGGCAAGAAGAAUGGAGGGCAGGCAAAUGAAAGAGGACUGAGCGAAGCUAGGAGCCAGACAGCACUGCUGCAUCCUGCUCCCAUUACUAUAUUCUCUGUCUCCUGAUGGGCUCCAGCUUUGAAUGGAAUUGGAAGAAAGGUAGAGGGCUCUCCCUGGGCUCCUGUAUGUUGGCUAACACCAGUUCCUGCCAACCUCUGUUGCUGCCGCCACCUUUCCUUCCAGGCCCUAAGCAAGUGCAGCAGAGCACAUCGCAGCUCCUCUGACAACCUCCAUCCUGGGCCUGACAACCUGCUCUAGACUGUUAUAGAGGGAUAAGCAGCACAUUCCCCUGGUUCCUAAUAAAAAGCCUUUAAAUUAAGUGGUUUUGUUGGGUUUGUCUUGCCAAAGGGGAAAUGAAAUGCUGUUUGCUGUUCUUGACUAAAAGCAUAAAUCAGGGGACACAAAGGAAGGUUUAUUACAUGUGUUUAGUUUUGGUUUCUGCUGGCUUUCGUGUGAUGGUUUAAGACUGUAGGGCCCUGUUCCCCCUGUCAUAGUAGGCUUCAAAGUGUCUCCCC